GAUUCGCAGCCUUCUUCUCUCCGUAGAUGGUGACUCACCCCCUUUCUCCCUCACAAUGCUAAAAUCUAAAAUCAUCUGCACUCUACACUUAUCACAAUGAUUCUCUUCCAUGUGAAUACAACCUUCUCUGAAAUCUAAGCUACCCAUCUAGAUAUCUAUCUAAUCAAUCAGUACAUUUUUUAUUCACUUUCUCAGGUGUGUAACCAGGAGUUCUCUACUUCUUUCUGUUUGUUCUUGAAGGGUUCUGCUUCUAAGAGCAGUUUCUGGAAUUGGGAGAAGAUUAUGUCCUGAUCUCUUGCUAAGAAGAGUAUUCACAUUCAGAGGCUGGGAAAAUGGGUGCCUCAGGCUCUAAAAUGGAAGAAGAUAAAGCCCUGCAGCUAUGUCGUGAAAGGAAGAAGUUUGUACGGCAGGCACUUGAUGGCAGAUGCGCACUAGCAGCUGCUCAUGUUACAUAUAUUCAGUCAUUAAAAAAUACUGGAAGUGCUCUUAGGAGGUUUGUUGAGCCUGAAGCUCCAGUUGCAUCUUCCUUGUGCACUUCCACUAAUGCAACACCAGAACCACUUGCUUUAACCGAGAAGUCUCUUUCCCAGUUUUCAUUUUCUCCAUCAAUUUCACAACGAGUAGAUGCAACAGAAACCUAUUCUCCAUCUCCUUCUCCUCCCAGUUCCAUUCACUUUCAGGCAAACCAUAUGAAAAUGUGGGGGUUUCCAUCAAAAAAAGUCGAAGAAAGACCCCCUGAACCAGUUGUUGCUAUUGCACUGGUAACAUCUUCAAGUGCUACUCCACAGGAUACCACACCUCGCUCCCCUGAAAAACCUGAAUCAUCACCAUUUGAGGAUUCUUCUUUGCCACCGCUAACUGCACCACCACCAUGGGAUUACUUUGGUCUUUCCCCUCCAAUGGACCAUGGGAAGGAAUUGAACCAAGGUUUGGAGAAUGCUGAUGAUAUUAGACAGCUUAGGGAACAGGAGGGAAUUCCAGAGCUGGAAGAUGAAGAUAAGGCUUCUUUUCAUGAAAGGGAAGGAUCUCCUGAUUCAGAUGAUGAAUUUGACGAGCCCUCUGCAGAUACUCUUGUUCGGAGGUUUGAGAAUUUGAAUAGGGUACACGAGCCUAAUGUGGCCAGUGCUUCACCAAUUAUGCCUUCUGUAGGGAGUGUGGCCUCAGAAACUGAGUUCAUGAAUGGUGAAAAAAGCAACACUCCUUAUUUAUCACCAUUAAGGGCCACACCCUCAACUGUUAAUGGCCCAAAUGAUGCAAAGAAAACACCUGUGAAAGAAGGUUCUGCUGGAAGUAAGGUUGCCCCUAAAGACUUCCUUUCAAGCAUGAAGGAUAUUGAGUUUCUCUUUAUAAAAGCUUCUGAUUCUGGGAAAGAAGUUCCAAGGAUGCUUGAAGCAAAUAAAUUGCAUUUCCAACCAAUUUCCCCAGGGAAAAAUGGUGGAUCAAGGGCAUCCAUGUUCCUUAAGGCUUGUUUCUCUUGUGGGGAAGAUCCAAGCCAAGUAAAAGAAGAGCCUCCUCAAACUACUGUUAAGUACUUGACUUGGCAAAGGACAACAUCAUCUCGGUCAUUUUCAUCUGGGAAUCCUAUGGAAUUAAAUGGGAAGGAUGAUGUUGAGGAUCUUACCAACAAUCUUUUCAAUAAUAUCUGCAUGAUCUCAGCCAGUCAUGCCUCAACCUUGGAUAGACUAUAUGCAUGGGAGAGGAAGCUUUAUGACGAAGUGAAGGCUAGUGAGGCAAUCAGAAGGGAGUAUGACUUGAAGUGUAAAGACCUGAGGCUGCUAGAAUCAAAGGUACGAAGUGCCCAAAAAACUGACAAAAAAAUUGACAAAACUCGAGCUGUUGUCAAGGACUUGCACUCCAGAAUUAGAGUUGCAAUUCACAGAAUAGACUCAAUAUCUAAAAGAAUCGAAGAAUUACGGGACAAAGAGCUACAACCACAACUUGAGGAGUUGAUUGAAGGGUUAAGUCGAAUGUGGGAAGUGAUGCUUGAAUGCCAUAAGUGUCAAGAUGAAAUCAUUGGUGUAGCAUUCAGCAAUGUCAACAUGAAGAUCUCCAUGCAGUCUGAAUCACAUCGUCAAAUGACUGCUCAUCUUGAAAAUGAACUCAGCUCUCUCUCCGCAAGUUUCUCUAAGUGGAUUGACGCUCAGAAAGCCUAUUUGCAGGCCAUAAACAAUUGGCUUCUCAAAUGCGUCUCUAAUACUCAAAAAUCCUCAAAGAAAAGAAGGUAUAAAACCCUGCCCGUUAGAAACUAUGACCCUCCAAUAUAUGUCACAGUUGGUGUCUGGUUGGAGAAGCUUGAAAAGUUGCCUAGAGGAGUCCCAGACUCCAUUAAGAGUUUAACAGCUGAGAUAUCUCACUUUUUACCACGCCAAGAGAAGAAUAAAGGAAAGAACAUUGGUCAUUCAAAUGCAACACCGUGGAAGGGUGACACAGUCAGUGAUUCAGGAGCUAAUCUAUUAAGAGACGACGUUUCAGAGGACUGGAAUUCAUGUUUUGUUCGGUUCCAUAAUAGAUUGGUUAAAUUUGUUGGUCAGUUGAAUGAAUUUGCUGAGGCUUCGGUGAAGAUGUAUGCAAAACUUGAUGAAGACAUCCAGAAUGCUAAAAAUAAUUAUAUCAAGAAGACUGCUCAUGAUGCUAAGAGCAGCAUCGAUGAGUUGAAGACUCAAGCUUAAAAACACAGUAGAGGAGAGAAGAUUUUGGAUGAAGAGCACAUGCAUGAAGUUGAGAUCAAAGGAUACAUAAAAUUGUGAAGCAUUGAAGACAGGAGCUGAAUUUGAAGCUGCCAUUGUUAUACUGAGGAAGGAAUAGAAGGGUUGUGGGUACUCGUGUUAAAUUCAAGUAAUCAAUAAAAGGAUCUACUUCUAAUUUGAUCGAAUGUCAUAAAACGGGAUGGUUCAUGGUUUAAGCUGUAAUUACCGGAAUGUGACAGACCUCUGUACAGACUUUUUACUUCAACGUACAUUGAGGGCAUACCACCCCCCAUGUUCUUAUCUUGACUAGACUGCAUUGAGUUGUUUAUGAUUGAUUUCACAUCUUGUGCAUCUGAUUUUUGUCCCCCUUCGAAUAUCAACAACUAUUCAGGAGGUCAUUGCUUAAAUUUCUGAGUUUGAGGUCUUCAGGACAAGUCUGCAGAGGAUAUAGCGGUUCUGUGACAUUUUAGGCAGUAAUGAUCCAUGCCUGGGCAGUGGUUUAUGAAUCUGUUUCCUGAAAACUUUUCUGAAAUGGCUUAAUCACUGGUUUGAAUAAUGUAACGCAUGAUAU